AUGUCGGAUCGUCUGACGAGAAUCGCGAUUGUCACUCCCGAUCGCUGCAAGCCGAAAAAGUGCCGCCAGGAGUGCAAAAAGAGCUGUCCAGUUGUGAAAACUGGAAAACUGUGUAUUGAGGUUGCUUCUGCGUCUAAGAUAGCAUUCAUUUCUGAGGAGUUGUGCAUUGGGUGUGGUAUCUGUGUUAAGAAAUGUCCGUUUGAGGCCAUUCAGAUCAUCAACCUCCCGAAGGAUUUGGAGAAGGAUACCACUCAUCGUUAUGGUCCCAAUACAUUCAAACUGCACAGGUUACCUGUGCCUAGACCUGGACAGGUUCUCGGCUUGGUUGGAACCAAUGGUAUCGGGAAAUCAACAGCAAUCAAGAUCCUGGCUGGAAAACUGAAGCCAAAUCUGGGCCGCUUCAAUAACCCUCCAGAUUGGCAAGAAAUAUUGACGCACUUUAGAGGAUCUGAGCUCCAGAACUACUUCACUCGUAUCUUGGAAGAUAAUUUGAAGGCUAUCAUAAAACCUCAAUACGUUGACCACAUUCCGAAAGCUGUCCAAGGAAAUGUAGGACAGGUGCUUGAUCAGAAAGAUGAGAGGGAAAUGAAAGCAGAGCUUUGCGCUGAUCUCGAUCUGAAUCAGGUCUUAGAUCGUAAUGUUGGGGAUUUAUCUGGUGGAGAGCUACAGAGAUUUGCGAUUGCUGUGGUUGCCAUACAGAGCGCAGAGAUUUACAUGUUCGAUGAACCUUCAAGUUAUCUUGAUGUCAAGCAGAGGCUCAAAGCUGCCCAAGUUGUUAGAUCUCUGCUCCGCCCUAAUAGCUUUGUGAUAGUUGUGGAGCAUGACCUUAGUGUGCUGGACUAUUUGUCUGACUUUAUCUGCUGCUUGUAUGGAAAACCUGGUGCCUAUGGAGUUGUUACUUUGCCCUUCUCCGUUAGGGAAGGAAUCAAUAUAUUCCUGGCUGGAUUUGUUCCUACUGAAAACCUGAGAUUUCGGGAUGAAUCUUUAACCUUCAAGGUAGCGGAGACUCCCCAGGAGAGUGCUGAAGAGGUUGAAACAUAUGCACGAUACAAGUACCCAACAAUGUCCAAAACCCAGGGAAAUUUCAGGCUCCGCGUCGUGGAGGGUGAAUUCACUGAUUCUCAGAUUGUUGUUAUGCUGGGAGAGAAUGGCACAGGAAAGACAACUUUCAUCCGGAUGCUGGCUGGUUUACUUAAACCUGAUGACGUGGAGACUUCAGAGGUGGAGAUACCCGAGUUUAAUGUUUCCUACAAGCCGCAAAAGAUCAGUCCCAAGUUUCAAAAUACUGUUAGACAUCUGUUACAUUCAAAGAUACGGGAUUCUUACAUGCAUCCCCAGUUUGUAUCAGAUGUUAUGAAACCUCUGCUUAUUGAACAACUGAUGGACCAAGAAGUAGUGAAUCUCUCUGGAGGAGAAUUGCAAAGAGUUGCAUUAUGUCUCUGUCUUGGGAAGCCGGCUGACAUUUAUCUAAUCGAUGAGCCUAGCGCAUACCUUGAUUCCGAGCAGCGUAUUGUUGCUUCGAAAGUCAUAAAAAGGUUUAUCCUUCAUGCAAAGAAGACGGCGUUUGUCGUGGAACAUGAUUUUAUUAUGGCUACUUAUUUGGCCGACAGAGUGAUCGUUUACGAGGGACAGCCAUCUAUAGAUUGCAUAGCCAAUUCUCCCCAGUCAUUGCUGACCGGGAUGAACCUUUUCCUAUCUCAUUUGGAUAUCACAUUUAGGCGAGACCCUACAAAUUUCAGGCCUAGGAUCAACAAGCUGGACUCGACCAAAGAUAGAGAACAGAAACAUGCUGGUUCAUACUAUUACCUGGACGAUUGA